UGUUCUCCGCAGGUAAACUUAGUGUUUUGUCGCUGGAUUUAGCUAGUUUUAAGUCUCCUUUAGCCAUUCAAAGCGCCUACCACUUUAAGAAAGUUCAAAGUUCAUGCCGCACGUGGCCAAAUCAACAUGGACGUGCCCUGUUCAGUUCAGUGAGAAGUGGAAUUGAAAGGAGAUUAGUAAAAGGGAGAUGGCUGCUAUUAGUGACAGCCCAGUAGUCGACACACCGCCUUCAAAAGAUGAUCAGCCUGAUGAAAUCCCACAAGACCCCAAGGAUGAUGGGAAGUCUGAUGUUAAGGCUGAGGACGAGAGGGAGGCAGCCUCAGACCCCAGCAUGUACCGCUACAUCAAAGAGGACCUCUUCACAUCUGAGAUCUACAAAGUGGAGAUCAGGAAUCUACCUAAGUUCAUCGGCUUCAACAACCUGAAGAGGUUCCUGGCCAAACAUAACCUCAACCCGCACAAAAUCAAGCUGUUAGGCAAGCAAACGUUCGCGCACGGCAUGCAGUGGAAGGGCCAGGUGCUGAGCGUCAGGCUGGCCAAACCCAAAGCAGACCCCAUCCUGAGGAAGAGGAGGCAGGAGGAGGGAGAGGGAGCAGGAGCGCAGCCCCCAUCCAAGCGAACAGAGUGCAGUGAGGAAGAGGCGCCGCUGAGUGUUCAGAUCGCCAACGUGGUGACUCCACUGUGGAACGUGCCUUAUGAGGAGCAGCUGAGGAGGAAGGAGCAGGAGGUGGUGGGGGUUCUGCAGAGGCUGGCCAAAGAGAUUGGCAGCACCAACAAAGCCAUGUUACCGUGGCUGUUUGCACAGAAAGGGAAGUACAACAAAAUGUGUUGUCCUCUGGAAGCUAUUCAACCAUCUCCUACACAGACAGAGUACAGGAACAAGUGCGAGUUCCUUAUCUCAGUGGGUGCAGAUGGUGAGGAUAAGACCAUCGGUUUCCGCCUGGGGAAAUAUAAAGGCGGCUCCUGUGCUGUGGUGGGGCCGGCAGACACGUGCCACGUCUCUGCCGAGGCCAAGAGAGUGGUGGGUGAAUUUCAGAAGUUCAUCAGGACAACGCCGUACUCUGUGUACAGUCCUGAGACGUACGAAGGGCACUGGAAGCAGCUGACUGUACGGACUACGAGGACCAAACAAGCCAUGGUUGUAGUCUUCUUCAACCCACAGAAACUUGAAGAAGAGGAACUCUGUGCUCUAAAGAACUCCAUGAGGGAGUACUUUACAGAAGGCGAGGGGAAAGGCAGCGGCGUAACCUCUCUUUACUUUGUCAGAGAGGGUCAAAGGACAUCUCCUAACCCGGAGGAUUUGCCCUGUGAGCUGGUAGCUGGAGACAGCUGCAUUCACGAGGAGCUGCUGGGGCUAAAAUUCAGAAUAUCCCCUCAUUCCUUCUUCCAGGUGAAUACAGGAGCUGCUGAGGUGCUGUACUCUGCUGUGAGGGAAUGGGCCCAGCUGGAUGAGGACAGCACAGUGCUGGAUGUGUGUUGUGGGACAGGAACCAUUGGCAUCUCUCUGGCUAAGAGGGUGAAGAAGGUGAUCGGGAUCGAGCUGUGCCAGGAAGCAGUGGAGGAUGCCAGAGUUAAUGCAAAGCUCAACGGUCUAGGUAAUAUUGAGUUUCACUGUGGAAAAGCUGAGGAUGUGUUUCCCAACAUCCUCAAUGCUCUCUUGUCACCUAAUGUCACAGCCAUUGUGGAUCCACCCAGGGCAGGGCUACAUUCCAAGGUGAUACUUGCCAUCAGGAGAGCAGAGCAUCUGAAGAGGCUGGUGUAUGUGGCGUGCAAUGCCAAGGCAGCCAUGAACAACUUCAUCGACCUGUGCAGAGCUCCAUCCAACAGAGUUCACGGAGCCCCUUUCCGCCCGGUGCGAGCCAUGGCUGUGGAUCUGUUCCCUCAGACCAUGCACUUUGAGAUGCUUCUGCUGCUGGAGAGAGUGGACUAUGAUUCCCAGCAGCAGCAGACCAGCAGCAGUCUGUAAAGGCAGGUUCUUGACCUUAGAAAUAGACGCUCUGCAGUUUGACAUUUAGCAUGGGCUCUCCAUACAAGCAAUGUACACGUAUACCCAUUACUCCAAAGAGCCUAGGGAAAAUUCACAAUUGAAGGAGUUGAAAUAACACUCACCGGUGUCACAUGCUCUUAAGUCCUCCUAUUUCAUAGUGCAGAAUUUGUCACGGUAUGUGCUGUAUUGUAUAUGCUUAAGUGAGCUGUAUGGACUGUGUCCUUUUACCAGUGCCUUUUUAGUUUGUUUGUUAGCUGUCUUAGGACUAUAAAGCUACCUAGAUAUUUUUGGUUUUGAAUUGACACUUUGCUCAGCUGUUAAUCAGGACAAAACUGCACAUGUGGGUACCAUGGAAUAAAAAGCUUCAGCUUGUAUUUAUUUGGUUUCCUCAUUCUGUGACUGAACAAAAACAAAGCACUUCUAGGCAUUAGGCAAGACAUUUUAUUUUGCAUAACAUAUAACUGAAUUCAUGGAGCUGAAGUUGCAAUACAUCAUUUUCUAGACAAUGUUUCAAAUAUUUCACUGGUAAAACUCAACAGCAAUACAUGUAAAAGCAUUUUAUUUUCCUCAAAGUGACACUUUGCAAGACGACAUACGGGGAAAGCAACAUUCUUAAAGCAGUCAACAUCACAACACCCUUGUUUAAACUGUUAAAAAAAGCAGCCCAAAUAGAAACUCCACAGCUAUUUUCUCUUUUGUUCCAGCAAAUAAUGCAUCUAUUUUUGUGUUAUAGAUUUUUCCGUUAUACAGGUCACAGCAACAUUUGUGUUCUAUAAAAUGCAUAAGACUAUGUAAGCUUUGGUUUACAGUUUCAUCAGCUUGUGUUGGACUAAAUCAUAUUUUGUUCAUGUAACUGUACCAACUAAAUUUUGCAAGGCUGCAUUUUGAAAAAAGGUAUUCUGCUUAUUGAGUCUAGAGUAUAUGUUUAAUAGGUUGUCUUCAUUAAAAACACUAACAGGCUAAACAAUGAAUGCUUUAUCAUCAAGUAAAGGGGGUUUGGUCUUUCCACUUCAGGUUGAAGGGUGUUGUAGGUCCACUGUACUCUGUAUACUCCGAGCCCUUCAUGAAAUGGAUUAACUAAGGCAACAUGUAGCCAAGAAAGGGCACCAACAAGAGCUACUGAAAUGUACCAAGCCAUUAGCUGGUGUGCAUGACGUUAAUACUUCAAUAAAAAGCUAAUGAAAACUAAGAGCAUUAAAGAAAUGAUCCUUUACCAUUAAAAUACGCUUUGGCCCUGUGGUCAAAGUUUACUUGCAGUAUCGGCAUGAAAGACACGCCGUUUCUUUUUUCAAAGCAAAAAAGAAGAAGGAAAAAAAGCAAACGGUUCCCUCCAAAUACAAAAAAAAAAAGUUAACCAAAUAUUCUGAAGCAGUUAUUCUUGUACCAACAGCAUGAUCAAACAUUUCUGACAGGAUGCAAGUGCAUAAUUAUAGUUCUGAAUAGCGUUCACAUCACAAUGCAGGGUUUUAAAUCGUGCAAACCAACACAGCAAGUGUCCAUUCUGAGGCUAAACAAAGGACUUUUUUUUUUUCCAUUGAUCACCCAAACUAUCCAUAACACCUACCAUUAAAAAAAAAA